AUAGGAAAAAAUCAUAAUUAGUCGUACUCUAGGAAAACACAUAUCUAUUUAUAAUAAUUUUCUCAUUUAAAUAUUGUUCCAAAUGUUAUUAUAGCAAACAAUAGAUAUAGGGAGAGAUUGGACAAUUCAUAUCUAUGUUUUGCUCCCACUUUUUUCACUCUUUUAAUAAUCGAUCUUUUUAGUUUGGUUGGAUAGCGAACUGUGAACGCCAAGUGAUUGAGCUAAAGUUGCGGGGAUGGAAUCAUGGAAUGGCAUUUCAAUGUCCUCAUAUGUCACUUGCAUGUCGUCAUAUUUACAAUAAUAUUGUCGUAUAAAUUAUAUAAUUACAUGUUAAUUAUCUUAUCUGCUGCCUGCCUUAUUAGCUACCAGCUGCCAAGCUAGCCGGCCAUGGCGUCUACCACCCUGCUGGAGAGGUUGCCGGAGGAUUGUAUCGUUCAAAUCCUAUCCCGCGUACCACCCUGCCUGGCUUCUCGGUUGUCGUUGGUCUCGAUGGCUUUACGCGCCGCCGCCGAGUCAGACCAGUUGUGGGACACUUUCCUGCCAUCUGAUUAUCUGGAGAUUUUGAGCAGAUUAGUGUCUCCCAUAAGAUUCAUGUCCAAGAAAGAGUUGUUUGUCAAGCUUUUGAGCCCUCUUCUCAUGGAUGGAGGCCAUAAGACGUUUUGCAUUGAUAGGGAAAGCAGCAAGAAGUGUUACACGUUUAGUGCAAGUGAUCUUUCAAUUGCAUUUUCUGGCAAUGCCCUCUAUUGGAGCUGGAAACCCCUCCUCGGCUCUAGGUUCCCCAAAAUUGUGGAGCUUGUAAUGAUAUGUUGGCUAGAAAUCAAAGCAAACAUAAGCACAAGAAUGUUGUCCUCAAAUACAAUGUAUGGAGCCUAUUUCAUUUUCAAGCUGGCUGGUCGUGCAUUUGGAUUGGACUCUCUUCCAUCUGAGAUUUCAAUCAAGUUUGGGACUUUUCAAUCUCAUAGAAUCGUUUAUUUGCGCAAGAAUUCCUACACCAAACAAGCCAUGGAAAGAGCUUUCAUGUUACAUAGAGUGGAGGCUUUAAAGUCCAGGCUUCACCCUGCAGGACCAGAGAGUGUGGUUUAUGAGCGUGAUGAUGGAUGGUUGGAGAUGGAGUUGGGAGAGUUUUACAAUGACUGUGACUGUGGCAAAGAGGUUGAGGUGAGCCUAAGAGAGGUUAAGGGUGGGCAUUUGAAAGGAGGGCUCAUUGUUGAGGGUAUUGAGCUUAGACCCAAGUAGGAAUAUAUAUUUAGGAACAAUUUCUGGUUCAAGUAAGAAUAUGAUCUUAUGAGAAAAAUGAGAAUGAAUCUGAACCGUUAGAUUUGCUUUAUGUGAAAUUCAAUGUGCAUUAGAUGAAGCUGUUAUGUGUAUUACGUGAAAUUGAAGUGUGCAACACAAAUGGUACAAUGUAGUGACAUUAUGUGAAGCUAAAUUGUGCAUUAGAUGAAUUUGAAAUGUGCACUAGAUGAAACUAAAAUGUGCAAAAUAAAAGGUACGAUGUGAUGUUAUUUUUGUACCUUUUAUUCUUCACAUUUCAAUUUCAUCUAAUGCACAUGUGAGUUUAAAUUUUAAUUCUGCACAUUUCAAUAUCAUCUAAUGCACAUUUCGGUUUCACUAAAUGCACAAUUCAGUUCCACAUAAUUAAAUCCAACGGUCCAGAUUCAUUCUCAUUUCUCUCCUAAGAUCCAUUCUUACCGGAACCGCUCCCCUAUUUCUAUUAAGUCAUUUAUUUUUCGAUCUCCGUAAAGGAAAAAGAAUGGAUGGAUGGAUGGAUUAUUGUUUCUUGAAUACGUCUAUGUUUGUACAAGCAUGUGUAAUGGAGGAAUGAUUAUCACUUGUUUUUCAUUUUCUAUAUUAAAAUAAUUUAUAUAAAAUAUAGUACAUGAUUAUAUAUCAUGGAGGUGUUCAAUUGUGCUUGCUUUAUUAAUUUUUAUUUUUGGGGAGGUUUGUCCGUUGUUCUCACAAAUUGAAUUUCUAUAUUUUAUACGAUUAAGGUUGGACAAAA